CGAUGGAAUCACCAAGCAAACAUUAGGUAAAUAGCUAUCAAACGAAUGCUUUCAUUUGUCCCUUCUAAGUCAUCAUUUGUAGUGAGGUUGCAGAAGAUUAAAUCCUUCAAACAGUCUAUUCUGCCGGGUUUCUUCAUUUCUGCUUCUCACCUUCCACUCUGCAGAAAGCAGAGGUAUAUAAACAACAGUGGUCUUGGAAGGUUAGUGUCCAGAAUGGCUGAAUAUGAUGGGAAAACGGUCACUGCAGAUGUGACCUCUGGAAAUAUGAUUUUUGAACCAGUGCUGGAGGAUGGGGUGUUUCGAUUUGACUGUUCUGGAAAUGAUAGGAUUGCAGCAUAUCCUAGUCUUUCUUUUCUAGAUACCAAAAUCAGGGACACUCCCAUCAUGAAUAAGAAGGAGCCAUUAUAUACACCUACUUUUGAAUGUGCAAAUGGAAAGCAGAUUGUUAAUAUUGAGCUUCCCCCUGGAACGUCUUUCUAUGGAACUGGAGAAGUUGGUGGACAGCUUGAGAGGACAGGAAAAAGGGUUUUCACUUGGAACACGGAUGCUUGGGGUUAUGGUUCAGGAACUACAUCAUUGUACCAGUCGCAUUCUUGGGUGCUCGCUGUUCUUCCUUCUGGAGAGGCAUUUGGUGUUCUUGCUGACACAACACAACGUUGCGAGAUAGACUUGCGGAAAGAGUCCAGAAUAAAAUUUACAGCUGAAAGUCCAUAUCCUGUCAUCACGUUUGGCCCGUUUGCAUCACCAACUGCAGUCUUGAUAUCUUUGUCUCAUGCAAUUGGAACUGUAUUUAUGCCUCCAAAGUGGUCUCUGGGCUAUCAUCAAUGUCGUUGGAGCUAUGAUUCAGAUGCAAAAGUGUUAAAGAUUGCCAGGACAUUUAGAGAGAAGGGUAUACCUUGUGAUGUUAUAUGGAUGGAUAUUGACUACAUGGAUGGUUUUCGUUGUUUUACUUUUGACCAGGAGCGCUUCCCUGAUCCAAAAUCCUUGGUGAAUGACCUUCAUCGUAAUGGUUUCAAAGCAAUAUGGAUGCUUGACCCUGGUAUUAAACAUGAAGAGGGUUAUUUUGUUUAUGAUAGUGGAUCUGAAAAUGAUGUCUGGAUUCAAAAAGCAGACGAAACACCAUUUAUUGGGGAGGUUUGGCCUGGGCCUUGUGUUUUUCCUGAUUUUACACAAGAAAAAACUCGGUUGUGGUGGGGCAAGUUAGUGAAGGAAUUCAUAUCUAAUGGUGUUGAUGGAAUAUGGAAUGAUAUGAAUGAACCCGCUGUUUUCAAGGUUGUGACAAAGACUAUGCCUGAGACCAACAUACACAGGGGGGAUACUGAACUUGGUGGUUUUCAGAAUCACUCUCAUUAUCACAAUGUUUAUGGAAUGCUGAUGGCAAGGUCAACAAAGGAUGGGAUGGAAUUGGCAAAUAAGAAUAGACGUCCUUUUGUUCUUACCAGAGCUGGGUUUAUAGGUAGCCAAAGGUAUGCUGCAACAUGGACUGGAGACAACCUUUCGACUUGGGAGCACCUUCAUAUGAGUGUCUCUAUGGUACUUCAAUUGGGCCUCAGUGGUCAGCCACUAUCAGGACCCGACAUUGGGGGUUUUGCUGGAAAUGCAACCCCAAAGCUUUUCGGAAGGUGGAUGGGAAUUGGUGCUAUGUUUCCUUUUUGUCGUGGGCAUUCUGAAAUGGGGACCCUUGACCAUGAACCAUGGUCUUUUGGUGUAGAGUGUGAAGAAGUUUGCCGCCUAGCGUUAAUGAGACGCUACCGCCUUAUUCCCCAUAUUUAUACUCUGUUCUAUAUGGCUCAUAUCAAGGGUACUCCUGUUGCAGCUCCUACAUUUUUUGCUGAUUCCAAAGAUCCCAGCUUAAGGAAGAUUGAAAAUUCCUUCCUGCUUGGCCCAGUUCUUAUUUAUUCAAGUACUAAUCUCGACAAGGGAUCUUAUCAAUUGCCGCUAGUGUUGCCUAAAGGCAUUUGGUUACACUUCGAUUUUAAUGACUCACAUCCGGAUUUACCUACACUGUAUCUGCAAGGUGGAUCAAUUAUACCCGUGGGUCGUCCUCUUCAGCACAUUGGUGAAGCAAAUCUAACAGAUGACUUAUCACUAAUUAUCGCUUUAGAUGACCAUGGGAAAGCUGAAGGUGUUCUCUUUGAGGAUGAUGGUGAUGGAUAUGAAUUCAGCAGAGAGGGAUACCUAUUAACAUAUUAUGUUGCAGAACGUCAAUCUUCAGUUGUUACUGUUAAAGUUUCUAGAACUGAAGGAUCAUGGAAGAGGCCGAAACGUCGUCUGCAUUUACAACUAUUGCUAGGUGGAGGUGCAAAGCUUGAUGCAUGGGGCAUUGAUGGAGAGGUAGUGAAAAUUAUGAUUCCUUUGGAAUCUGAGGUGUCUCACCUAAUAUCCACAAGUGAGGAACAAUACCGAGCUCAUAUGGAAAGCGCCAAGUGUAUUCCUGGUGUAGAAGAGGUUUCAGAGCAGAAGGGAAUUGACCUUUCAAGAUCACCUAUCGAACUGAAAAGUGGUGAUUGGAUUCUUAAAAUGGUGCCAUGGAUUGGUGGUAGAAUGAUCUCCAUGAUGCACUUUCCUUCUGGAACUCAAUGGCUUCAUAGCAGGGUUGAAGUGGAUGGGUAUGAAGAAUAUAGUGGUACUGAGUACCGCUCUGCUGGAUGUUCUGAGGAAUACAUUGUCCUUGAGCGUGAUCUUCAUCAGGCAGGCAAAGAGGAAGCACUUAAAUUGGAAGGAGAUAUUGGAGGUGGAUUAGUGAUUGAACGUCAGAUAUCUAUUAAAAAAGAUAAUCCUAGUGUUCUCUAUAUUGACUCCAGCAUUGUAGCUCGCCAAGUUGGUGCUGGUUCUGGUGGAUUUUCCAGGUUGGUUUGCUUGCGAGUUCACCCGGCCUUCAGUUUAUUGCACCCUUCGCAGUCUUUUGUCUCAUUCAUUUCUGUAGAUGGGACCAAGCAUGAAAUUGGGCCAGAUUCUGGUGAAUUGUUCCUUGAAGGAGACCUGCUGCCUAAUGGGGAAUGGAUGCUCGAGGAUAGAAGCUUGCAUUUGGGUCUGGUGAACCGGUUUAACAUCAACGAGGUUUUUAAGUGUCUUAUCCAUUGGGGGACGGGAACAGUUAACAUGGAACUGUGGUCUGAACAGAGGCCAGUUUCAAAAGCAUCUCCUCUGAGAAUCUCUCAUGAGUAUGAGGUGAGAGAAAUCUCAUAAUCUGCCCCCCCCCCGCUUCCUCCUUUUACUUGGACGAUUUUGUAUGUCAAAAAUCAGAUAGCAAACAUAUUCGAUAUGAACUUUCAAGGUUUGCUUUUCACUGAGAGCUGAUGUUAUAUUCCAUUUGUUAUCAAUUGUAUGGGUCACUCAUGUUUGGAACUCUUAUAGAAUUUGUGGGGGUCUUGAGAAAAGAGACUAAUUGUUAUGUGAACUGAAUAUUCGAUAUCCAGUGUGUUUGUCACCUCUCUUGGAGAGGUACAGCAAUAGAUAAUCUAUAUUACAACCCCUCCCCAUAAAUUAAAAUAAAAAUUGUCUAAUUCAUUAUCCA